AUGACGUCCUGUGCGGUCAAGAACAGCAGCGCUACUAUAGCGUCAAGCAGCAAUAGCAGUAGCAGACGGAGCAACGCGGUUAAUGAAUCGACACCGUCUGCGGGUCUGCUGACUGUAGAGAUCUUGGGCGCUCGCCAUUUGCCGCCUGCCGUGCCUGGGAGUCUGCUCAAGUGGACGACGGGGUACUCGAACCCGUACGUGGUUUUAACACUGGACCGCGAGCGUUUUGUAUCCAACGUCAAGAAUAAGGAGCUCUUUCCCGUAUGGAAAGAGACAGCUCGACUGAAGGUCCCGCUUCCGUCUGAGACGGAACUGCUGCAAACUGCUGGCCGGUCAAACAUCACGACAGCUGCAAUGAAAGGCAAGGGCCAGAGUCCAGGCAAUCGAAAAGCAGGAGUGUUGACACCAAAGAAGACUGGCACAGCUGUGGACAUUGCAAUGGGCUACCGCCAGUAUCAUCCGUGUGCACCAGAGCUAUUCGUACAAAUUUUCCAUCGCACGGACGAGACGAAACACGCCGAGGCGAUUGCUGCUAUGGCGUCGAAUGCGUCAAUGUCGGCUCAUGUUUCGGCCUUAGGACCAAAUGAUAAACUGAUUGGGGCGCUCGUGGUGCCGUUACUACCGUGCAUUAUGUCUAGUGCAUCGAGUUCUCGAGGAUGGUACCAAUUGAUGGACGAGGAGUCGCAGGGGGCUGGACAAUUGCAGCUUUCACUUGGUUUUGAUGUUUCCGCCGCUACGAACGAGCUAGAGCCACAGAAGGGGGAUAUUGUGCGACUAACAGGAUUUGGGGGAUUGGAGUACUACUCGAAAAUCUUGCCGCCCAGCGCAAAGCUUGAAGUGGUAGACAUCUUUCAGGACCAAGUGUUUGCUCAGACGCGUAGUCAAGAAGGAUGGCCUCUGAGCUUUGAGCUGCAUCGCAAUUUGGUGCAUGUCGAACACCGCCCAUCCCUUUUUCUAAAUGCUUCAGAGCAGCUGCAGAACCAAGUGACACGCGUACGCCAAUUUCGUGUCGUCACAGGUGCACAGCGCGUGUGGUGCGCUCUACCCGAAACCUCACGAAUUCACUUCGAGAAUUCGGCUGCGUUUGUGGCAUUCUUUGGUGCGCAAGCGUAUUCAACGAUGAGACGCAGCGUACAAGAUCUCCUUCGCUCCGGUGUGUAUUCUGGCGUGCAGACUUUUGUGGCAAGCUCGAAGGACGCAUAUGGUCAGGUGAAGCAUGAGUUUGUUCGUGCAUACUGGAGUAGACCAAGGCGCGUCACUUCUGGGUACUUAGAUGGUGGCUAUGAUGACGACUUGAUCGACUGUGGGCCUCGUACUAACCGCGGGCACAUUGUGCGUGCCUUUACGGCGUCAGACCGCUUGGCUGCUGACGAUGAGGAACAUGCCGAAGAUGUGAUGACACUGGGCUGGAAAACGUACGAAGACAGCGAAGACGACGGAUCAUACGAUAAAGUUGAUAGAGACGAAGGCGAGCUUGCUGUACCCGAGCAACUCAUUUGUCCAAUUACCGGAUGCCCAAUGUUAGAUCCUGUUGUGGCUGCGGAUGGGCACAGUUAUGAACGGGAGGCUAUAUUGCAGUGGUUUGCAACGAGCGACAUGUCGCCGAUGACGGGCGUGCACAUGCCCACCACGCAAGUGUUUUCGAAUUUUACAUUGCGCCAGCUCUCUGAGGAGGUCCAAGCUGCAUCUACGCGUCGUCAGCAGAAUAAGCGACGCCACCGUCGUCACGGCUCUGGGCCUGCUCAAUUAGAUGCACAAGGUGGUCACAGAGAGGUUCAGUUUGAAGAUAAGGCAGCAUCCAGCGAAGGAUGCACGAGCAAGUGGGCAUGCGAGCGUGCGUAG